AUGUGGAAGAUAUUUACACUCAACGGCAAUUACAAGUGGGUCAACGAGUUGCCGCAUCUCGUGUCGGAUUACAACGCGCGCAAGGAUCACACUAACGGCAUGCGACCUUGCCGACGUACUCCCACCGAAAGACUCUUGGACAUGGUGUACAGCGCGAUGAAGAUCGCGGUUCCUGCAAAAUUCGAAGUAGGUGAUUCGGUACGUGUGAGCAAGUACAAAACGAUUUUUGAGAAGGCUUACACGCCAAAUUGGACCACCGAGUGGUUUACGAUCAGUAAAGUGCAGCAUAUCAACUUCGUAACCUAUCUACUCGACGACUAUCACGGAAAAUCCGCUGGAGCGUUCUAA